AUGGAUUUCGUAAACUUUUUAAGCGGCCCCGUUCAAGCGGCCUCCGACAGCCUGCGAGGGGCAAUUAUAGAGGGCGCUCGUGAGGGCUUCAGCCUCGUUCAACAGCAUCUCAGCGCCGGUGUCACGAAAACCUUCGACGAAGGUGCUGGCAUCAUUCAACAAGGUCUUAAACAGACCUUUGACGAGGGUGCUCGCACUAUCCAAGAAGGCCUCAACGAUGCUCUCAAGCAGACCUUUAAGGACGGUGCUUGCACUAUCCAACAAGGUGUUCAACAGGGUUUCAGGCAGGCCUUCGACAAGGGUCUUACAGAUGCGCGCGGGUACAUCAAAAAGAAGGACGACCUCGCAACUGUCUUCAAGGACUUCCUUGAGUGUUAUCUGAAAGCUGAGGCGAAGGACCGCGCUGUGAGAUGGUGGCAAUCCUUCCUUCCCCUUGUUAUCACGGUAGCCGUCUUCGGCGGAUCCAUUACCUUCACCCUCAUCAUCCAAGAGAUAGCCGACCCGGUUGAACUGAAUGCCAAAUUCUCAUCCGAAACCGUUCGCACAUUCAUCUCGCUCGCUUGGCUGCUAUUUUUAAAGACGGCUUUGAGGGGAAAACCUGGUUUAUCCCCACAGUUUUCCACAUACUUUCUUUCCUACUGUAUGCAUCCUUAUUAG